CAAGCCAUCCCGAUCAAUGCACCGACGAUGAUUUGCGCUUGGUGUCGUUGGCGCAGCCCGCUAGCACAAUCACUGACGGCUCCUAGGGAGGCCCGUUCGAAACGAUGGAGCGUGCUUCCUGUCCAAAAUUAUACAUGAGAGCUGCACCGCCCGUCCAGCACCAGCGGACGAUACAUGUGCUUUCGUACCCGGGAAUCGACUUGCAUCCUCCGCCUCGUGAUCCCAUUCGACUGGUAGUCUGGAAACUCUGCUUUUACUCUUUCAACAUCCGGCAUUCCUCGGAAUCUGCUCUUCUUCACCAUCUGGACCGACUCCCCCAACGACUGUACCUUGUUGCUGGAUACACCAUACUCCAUCGGCUGCUACCCGGUUCAUCAACGACUUGAUCAUAAUUCACCACUCAUAUCGACAACAUGGACGGCGUUACAUUGAUUGACAGUCCUCGACACAGCUUCGGCAUGUAUCAUGAUUCGACUCGUAGAGACGCUCCUGUGCACCAUGCCUCCUACUCUUCGACAUCGUACCCUACUCGUUACCCCUCAUCUCACUCGCCGCCGUACAACAGCGGUGAAAGCAACAAGCCUUCGUUGCCUUCAUUGAGAUCGGUUCUUGGAGAGUCAGGCAUGAGCCCUCCAGCAACUCCUCCCUCUCAAGGUCACUCACUGCAACCUUUGCCAAGGGAGCCAAUCUACGACCAUCAGCCCACCUACAAACCAGCAUCACUCUACCCUAACAAGAGGACACGAACAGACUCGGGAUGGGACGCUCGUACUCCAGAGAGAACUUUCACCGAGACCGCCCCUAAAAACCUUCCUUACAUGCCAACCCGUCAUGAGGACACGAGACCUCGUUCGCAGUAUGACCUGCCCACGCCUUCUAGCCGCAGUCCUGUUAUUCACAGCCACCACGCCUCCCCAGACCUUAGAGUCCAAAGGACCGAUCUGCCAAGGACUUACCCGAGUCCUGCUCUUCCUCGCUCCGAUGUCUAUCCUACUUCGGACCCUAUGUUGACUGCUCGCAAUCGCUCAAGCAUGUAUAGCAAUGCUUCUUCUGUUUCGCAAGACGACGACAUGCGUAGACACUCAGGCUACGGCGAAUAUCAACCUCAACCCUCUCGUGAAAGAUAUGCUGUGGAGCCCCCUCGCCAGUCAUACAUGUCUGUUCCAGCAAACAACAUGCCUCGCGAGGAGUAUCCACCAGUAGCCAGACUUGACGUCCCUCAAGCCUAUGGCAACGCUCCUUACCCUUACUCUCACGCAUUCUUCGUUCCAUCACACUACGAGUACCAGAAUGGAAAGUCCAGGAAGAGAAGCAAUCUUCCCAAGCAGUCGACAGAAAUCAUGAAGCGAUGGUUUGACGAAAACAUGCACAACCCAUACCCCAGUGAAGAACAAAAGAGGCAUUUUGCCGCUGUUGCUGGCAUCAACUUGACACAGGUCAGCAAUUGGUUCAUCAACCACAGAAGGCGAUGCCCUGAGCUUAGAGAGAAGCGCGACAAGAGUCGUGCUGGCAGCCGUGAAGACGAUAUGCAAUGAUCGUCUGAGCAGAGUUGUUUGGAACCGUAUUUUUUCAUUUGUUUCAGCGAAUCUUGUUUUCACACAUUGCACGGAGUUUUUCCUCCCUUGAACAGGGAAGGCAUGGCAGGGCAUGAUACGAAGGGGACUGCAAUAUCGGUGCAUGCUGCCCAAUUGAGGCUAGGGCAGCCUGGGCAUAUAAAAUUGGUCUGGAACACGCAAGGGGAAAACCACAGAUACCCAAAAGGAUUUGACGGCAGCUUUUUACACCCAUCCACAUAUAUACGUCACAUUAUAAUGUCUACAUUCAUACACAC